AUGCCACUUACAGUCCGUGAGCCUGCAGUAUUCGUUAUUUCAAACCGUCUUCCUGUGACUCUGGAGCGAACAGAAGACGUAAAAUAUGAGACCUCAUCUUCCAGCGGAGGUCUUUGCCUGACGAAGAUCAGUAAAGAGGGUCUCGAUACUCGAGGGUCUCAGGUUCUGUUUCAGGAAAUAGCCGUCGACGUUCUCACCUGCCCGAUCGGCACUGACCUUAGCGAGUUUCCCAAAACUCUCUCCGAGCCUGCCGCCACAGAACGGAUGGAAGUUCUUAAAGAGAGGUUCAAGGAUGUUCAGCUGAUCAUCUCAGUUGACCGUCUCGAUUACAUCAAGGGUAUCCCACUGCGGAUAUCUGCUAUCGAUGCUCUUCUUACCAAGCACGCGGAAUGUGUUGGGAAGGUUCCCAGCCGGGAAGACGUGGAAAGCUAUCAAUUGUUACACACCCAGAUCGAUGAGAGUGUUUCACGAGUAAACGGAAAAUAUGGUGAAGUCGAUAUCACACCGAUUCAAUCGCUCUUCAGUGGCGUCUCUAAACCUGAGCUCGCAGCCCUCUACGCUAUCUCCGACGCCUGUAUCAUAUCGUCUACUCGGGACGGCCUCAACCUUGUUUAUUUCGGACACAUCGCCUGCCAGCAAGAAAGGCAUGGUGUCCUCCUUUUAUCUGAAUUUGCUGGUUCAGCAGAAUUUCUUCAGGACAGCUUGCAGUUUAAUCUAUGGAAUGUGGACGAGUUUGCAGGGGCUAUAUACCAAUUAAAAAUGAGCAAGGCAGAGAGGGCCCACAGAUGGAAGCGACUGUGGGAGUGGGUGAGUGUAAACACCGCCAGCAGGUGGAGUGAGAUCUUUCUAAAGACCCUUGGAGUCUUGAAUAAGUAG